AUGGCCACUCCUAUUACCUCAAGGACGGAGACUCUCCAGAAGUAUCUCAAGCUCGACCAGAAGGGUCAAAUUAUGGCUGAGUACGUCUGGGUCGACGCUGAUGGUGGUACCCGAUCCAAGUCCCGAACUCUCCCCGAGCAGGACUACAAGCCUGAAGACCUCCCCGUCUGGAACUUCGAUGGCUCCUCUACCAACCAGGCCCGUGGUGACAACUCCGACGUCUACCUGCGCCCUUGCGCCGUCUACCCCGACCCUUUCCGCGGCUCACCCAACAUCAUUGUUCUCUCAGAAUGCUGGGACUCGAACGGGACGCCGAACAAGUACAACUUCCGCCAUGACUGUGUGAAGGUUAUGGACCAAUACGCCGAUGAGGUGCCUUGGUUCGGUCUUGAGCAGGAAUACACCCUGCUCGGCUCUGAUGACCGGCCCUACGGCUGGCCCGCUGGUGGUUUCCCUGCUCCCAACUUUUCCACGAAGGCUAUGCGCGAAGAGGGCGGUAUGAAGCUUAUUGAAGAGGCUCUUAAGAAGCUUGAGCCUCACCAUGCCGAGUGUAUCGCUGAAUAUGGCGAGGACAACGACCUCCGUCUCACGGGCCGCCACGAGACCGGUUCGAUCGACUCGUUCUCGUGGGGCGUCGCCAACCGCGGAACAAGUAUUCGCGUGCCCCGGGAAACCGCUGCUAAGGGCUAUGGUUACUUCGAGGACCGUCGCCCAGCUUCCAACGCUGAUCCCUACCGCGUUACCAAGGUUUUGCUUCAAUUUUCAAUGGCUUAA